GCUGAAAAGGCAAAAUUUCAUAAAUUAAAACUUCUACUGCCAAAUUUCUCUUUUCGAAAUUGUUUUAUAGUUGCAACAAUUACAGUUGUGGGCUUCUUUAAUCGACCAACAUUUAUCGCCUUUGCGGCUGGUCCUGUAUUCUUUUGGUUGUACAGAGGGAUGGGAUCAAAGCCUGUUAUUUCCUUACAUUUCAAUAUUAGGAUUUUAAUAUUUGCCUUGUGCACCCUUCCGUCAUUUAUAUUCCUGAUAAUAUUUGAUUCUUUUUAUUAUGGCUAUAUAUCAUGGGGCGAAAUCGGAAUGAUGGACGUUUCAAUAAAUAGUUUCGUCGUUACCCCUUUAAAUUUCAUAAAGUACAAUGCAGAUAACAAAAAUUUAGCACAACAUGGACUACAUCCACGCUAUUUGCAUAUGCUAUGUAACAUUCCACUUCUUUUUAAUGUAUUAGGAUUCCUGGCAUUUUAUGAGAUUUUAGUAGCUCUCAAAAGAAUAUAUGAAGCUCGUCUAAAUCAUUUGCCGCAAAUUAAAACGAUAAAGGCACUUAUGACUGCGAGUACCUUAAUAGCAUUGGCUAUUUUUUCUGUUAUUCCACACCAAGAAGCUCGGUUUUUGAUUCCACUACUACUUCCAUUAGUGUAUUUACACGGUCCUAGUAUACUAAAGGAGCCAGAACUUGCUAUAAUCGAAAAACAUGAAAAUAAAAAAUUAAACAAAAGUUCACCCAAGAAGAAAAAAUCGUCACAUUCAUUGCUAAAAAUCUGGAUUUUUACUAACUUAGUAUGUUUUAUAUUCUUUGGUUUAAUACAUCAAGGAGGUGUCGUUCAAGUGCCUCUAAGUUUUAAUGAAAUGUUGAAAAAACCAUUGACACAGUACCAUUUGCUUACGUGUUACACUUAUAAUAUUCCUUACUCGUUGUUUCUUCAGAAACCUCGUCGUUCAUUCUCGUUUACGGAUUUUAAAGAAAUAAGUUAUCGAAAAGUGUAUUUGCACGAACUCGGUUCCGUAAGUUAUUCCACUGUUGCAGAAGCUUUAGUACACGUUCACAAUCACUGCCUUCGCAGUCAAGGAAAAUAUGUUCAGGACUGCAAAUUUUUUGUUCUUUGGCCUACAGGUCUGGAAAGUUUUUUCUUACAAACGAUCGAAAACGUUAUCAACACUAAAAUUAGAAAAGUACGCCUUUUUUAUCCUCAUUUCAGUGUUGAGGCAUUGGAAUAUUUUGAUAUGUAUUGCUUAGAUUCGUUGCCACCUAAAGAGUGUGAAAAAGAAAUGAUUUUACCUACUUACAACUAUCUCAUUAAGUUUUCGCAAUUUUUCAGUCUCUCUCUUUAUGAAGUUACAUUCGCGCAGGAUAUAGAGGCUGAAUGAAAUGCAAUUUAAAAAUUAGUUUUUUUGUUUUUAGUAUUCAACGAUUUAGUCUGUGAUACUUUACAUUGCCAUGUUUUUUAAUUUAUUGUAAACACGUAAAAAUGUAUUUAAUUAAAAUGAUGUUUAUUCAUUUUUAGCCAAACAUAAAUUCCUAAUUGUUACAU